UUGGCCAGGAUGGGAGAUCACUGGCUCGUUCGACGUCACGCUCAACGGGUCGCUUCAUCGUCUUAAAAGGAGACGACAGCCACUGGAGACCUUCUUCAAGUGGCUCGAGCACGAUUACAAGGGUCGGGUUGGGGUCUCUUGAUUCGACCUGGGCAGUGUGUGUGAAACCCUCGAAGAGAUCCGACAAGUCGUCCUGGCUGUUCUGCGGGCCGAUGAAAAGUGGAAGACGCCUACGGUACUCACAGGUAUCACAGCGGUGGUGGUGGACCUGAACCUGGCCCAAUUGAAGAGAUUCGUCGGCUGGCUCAAGAAGGAAUGCCCUGGGAUCGCUAAGCUCGACCUUCGAGCUGAUGACGGGCCAAAUCGCUCCACAGACCGAGGUAUACAUCUGUAUGACCUACCACAGAUGAUGCAACUGUUGGAUCAAGCUUUGCAGAAUCUUUCUGGUCUGGUGCUGCCCAUGCGAGCCGACAAAGCUGUGCGAAGCCUGAUUACCACCCCCGCUGUUGCUCAAGCGGAGAACAUGAAGCUCUGCGCUUUCGACCUGGAUGUUCCACAGCUCCCUGCCGACUGUGGGCCCCUGGACAUUGGCAAACACGUGCUACCUUACUGUGGUCCGCAAUUCAAAGCCGCUCGGCAUGGCCUUCACCUCUCAGAAAUGGGUUCAGUCCUUCAAUUCUUUUCAGAGCAAAGUCGAAUCACACGCGAAUGGAUCCGCACCGCCAACUUUGAGGCCCUGGGUUUGACUAAAUUCUCUGAUAUCAGGUCUCUUCAACCCUUGCCCGAUGGCUCAUUCCCCAACAAGACCAUCAGACAAGCCUUGGGAACCAUCAGCAGUGCCAAAAAAGUCAUUGAGGAGGUCGAAGAUAUCCCACGAUCAUGGCUGGAGGAAGCUGAGAGUGCAGAGGCAAGGUGUGAAGAAUGGAAAGAAAAGGUGAAAAGGUCAAACGAAGAGCUCGCGGCAGCAGGCCUGGAACCGAGAACGCUGGAAUGGCCCACAAUCCCUGGCAUAUCCAUUCAAUCACGAGCCUCGGACACGUUAUUGAGAAGAGUACGAAGGGAACUUAGGUGGUCUCAGGAGGACGUCUCAGAGCUUCGGCGCAGGCUGCCUGAGAGUGGCGACUCUGCUUGACGAGGCGUCUGGCAAGGCGAUGCAGAGAAUAUUCUCUACUGUAGACGGCCGCAGUAGCUUGGAUAUUCCCGCCCGAACGGACCUGUAGAUGGUGGUAGUGCGUGAGGAGUCGCAGGGAUGUGGGACCGCAUACAUGAAGCCGGUUUCGAUGAGAAGUCCUCUGCAUCACAUCAGCCCCAUGGAAGACAUUAUCAGGC